CGGGACGCGCUUCACCUUUCGAGGACUGCGAGGUGGUGGGAGGAAGAAAGUUUUGACUGCCUGCUUACUGGGGCAACCAUAGCCACAGCCAUAGGCAAGGCCGGAUUUUGACCGUUGACGGGACUGUUGGUUCUUCUGAGAGAUCUGGCGCUUGAGGGGCAAAAGCGCGGGUUUUCCAGGUGGAUGGAGGAGUGCGCUCCAACACCUGGCAUUGCAUGGUGGACGCGAGCGGGUGUAGCUGCCAACUUGUCCAGCUCUUGUCAUUGCAGAGCUGCGACGUGGUGAUUAGUUGGGGGAUUGGCGUUCGAGAAGGUGAACGACGAGAAGAGGAGGAGGAGGAGGAGGAGAAGGAAGGGAAGGAGGAAGGAGGAGGAGGACAGGAAGGAGGAGGAGGAGAAGGAGAGGAAGGAGGAGGAGGAGAAGGGAGCAGUCGUGAGUCGAGGAGAGAAGUUGCCGGUGAGGUGACGCAGUUGCAGGCGGAUCGGGAUCGGAUAUUUUCGUUAAACCAUUCGUACGGUGGAGGAAAGAUUGGCGGGAGAUGGGAAGAGGACUACGAGGAGGAGAAGGAGGAGAAGGAGGAGAAGGAGGAGAAGGAGGAGGAGGAAACGUGGGGAUGGUUUAGGAGGGGAAGAGAAGUUGACAGAGGGGGAAGAGUUGCGGCAAACCGAUACGUGGCUAAUGCUGACUACUGUAGCGGAGCGAGGGUGGACAAAGCCAAAGCAAGAGGAACCGGAGGAGGAUGCAGAAGGAUGAAGACGAAGGGAGGAGGGGAAGGAAGGAGGGAAAAGAAAGGAGAAGGUGAACACAAGUCCUUUUAAUAUUUAAUACUUCAAUAAAAAUAAUAUAAAAUC